CUUAGACCUGUGACGUGCGAUUACCAAGCACGCGGUCCAACUUCAAGUUGAGAUGCAUCUUUGUAAAGUCCUGUCAUGAAUUGGCACGCCUAGUACGCGACAGUGCCUGUUGGGCACUUGAACGGGCUCUUUAGCUAUGGUUCUGCACGCUCAAGUUAAAGUCUGUCUGAUUUUGUUGUCCAUCGCAAGCUUGCUGCUCUUCUCUUCCCGAACCGCCCUCGGCGAGCACUAUUACGACGAUCCAUACUCCACGGAGCCGGGCUGGAAUGAGACUGGGGAUGCAGACCCCUACGGCGCAGCAUACGCCUACCCUGGCCGUGGGCUGGACGGCGCCUAUGACGACGAGGCUCCGCGCUCUUGGAGCGUGAGCAUGGACGGAGGCGACGGCGCUCUAGGGGAAGCUGGUGCCGGCGCAGCAGGCGGCUUAGAUGGUGGCAUGGGCGGCGCAGCGGCGUACGCCACGCCGGCCGCUGCCGUGCGGCGGGGACAUGGGGUGGGCGGCGCGGCGGGACACGGCGCGGGCAUGCUAGCCCGCGGCGGGCCGGGCGGGGUUGCAGGGCCAGGGGCAGCAGGCGUGCCGGGCUCGUGCCCAGGUGGAGUGUGCGCGAACCCCGCCAUGUACGAGCAAGACCUCCAUUUCGACCCGCGAUACCCGUACGACAAUUGUCAGUAUGUGGGCGGCUUCGACGCCUUCCAGCUAAACGGCACGGAGACAUGCCACAUGCUGGUGCAGGGAGUGGACGGCCACGCGGACCGGCUUGAGGGCGGCAUGGACGGCCUGUACCUGCUGGCGGGCUGCUUCGAGGGCAAGCCCGUGUACAUGCGCUCGCGCCGCAGCGGGCCGCCGGGCGGCGGGGAGGACCGUGUGCUGUACUUCAACCCCCACUUUGGGGCGUGGGAGUUCGCGGUGGGCAAGGAGCCAAGCGUGGACCAGUUGGUGUUGGCCGGGGACGAGGGACACGUCAGCCCCAUUGACGUGCCGCGCUGGCGGCUGGCGGCGGCCUUCAACGCGGAGCAGGCGGCGCUGCUGCCCUCGGACGAUGAGGAGCUCUACUACGUGGCCGCCGGCGUGUCCGUCAUGUGCGCCGGCGAGGGCGACGACGGGCUGCUGAGCCCCGAGGAACGGAAGCAGCUGCAGGCGCAGCGCGCGGCGGCGGGGCUGAAGGCGGAGGACGAGGCGGAGGGCGAGGAGGCGGCAGGGUUAGGACAGGGCGGGGCAGGCGAGCGGGAGGCGGAGGCAGCGGGCAAGGGCGGCGCGAAGGGCUGGGGUGCGAAGAAGCCGCCGGCACAGCCGGCCAGCGGACGGGCGGGUGGGAAGGCGGGCGGGCGCGGGGCGGGGGCUGCAGGAGGCCGCGGCGGGCGCGCGUCAGCGCGCGGGGACGCCGCGGGCUCUGGCGCCCCUGCCACUUCGUUGGGCGGGCGGACGGGGCGGGCGCGUGCUGUGGGCGGCGAUGUGGAGCUAGAGGCCGAGGUGGUGGAGCUACGGGAAUACUGGCAGCAGCACGAGGAGGAGUUUUAUGAGAGCCGGUACCAGUACGGGGACGCGUAUGGCGGGGCCGCCGGUUACGAUGACACGCGGCAGGGUUACGAUGAUGAGUACGGGCCGUACGGGUACUGAUGUCGGGAAUGUCGGGGAGUUAUGUGUGCUACCCUGCUGAAAUUGCUGUGGCCCGGGGGGGGGGGGGCUGAGUGGCACGACGUAACUAGGAGCCGGCUGGCAGGGACUGAAGGUGUAUGAGCGCGCAUGGCAUAUCAGUUGCGGUGCCCUGUCCUCGGGGUUGCCGUGUGAUGGACGAUGUUGUGUGUGUGUGUAUGUGUAAAAAAAGGAAACGUAAGCCCGCCAUGUGUGUAUGUUUGUGUGCCUGCUGCUUGUACACGCAGACGCAGCCGGACACAGGGCUGGACUCAGGUCGGGGUGGAUGUGUUCAUGGAAUGCUUGGAUUGCGUGGGCAUGCUUCCGUGUGCUUGGGUAGGCAGCCGGCAGCUAUCUAGCUCAGGACGCAACGAGAUGAUGUGCGGACGCAACGUCUCUCCGCGGACUGGAGUUGGAAAUGGCUAGGAUGGUCUACACUGUGUGGUUGCCAGGGCAGAAGCAGGUACUGUUAGCGACCGCUUGCAACUGUAGAGCAUGGCUGCGCGCAUGGCCGCUGGAAAGUCUCCCCGGGGCGGGUGGCCGAUGCAAUCUGAUGUAUGUUUACACACAUGAAUACCGUCCGCCUUCCGGUCGUCUGUAACUGCUGCAAAAG